CGCGUAAGGGAAGAGGCGGGGGAGCGGGGAGGAGACCCCUGGUCCCGGAAGUGUGCCGUUUCCAGGGAGCGGACCGGGUUGAGAACCGGUGCGGCGGAGCUGAGUCUCGGAGAGCUGCGGCGGCGGCGGCGGCGGCAGCAGCCAUGUCGGCCUUCGACACCAACCCCUUCGCCGACCCCGUCGACGUCAACCCCUUCCAGGAUCCUUCAGUCACGCAACUGGCACACGCUAACCAGGGUGGCCUGGAUGAAUUCAACCCCUUCUCUGAGAGCUCCCGGCUGACGAACGUGGCUCAGACAGUUCCAGCUGCUCAGCCCACUGGGCCUUCGCAACCUGCUGUGCUGCAGCCUUCGGUGGAACCCACCCCGCAGCUGCUGCUUAGACAGGCCAGCAAGUACCUGACUCCUAAGUUCAUCUCGGCAAGCUCAGAAGGCUCAGAGAGGCAGAGGUUGCUCGGAGAAGACGGCAGCUCUCAGGGUAACCAUCAGGCUGUGGCCUCAGCAGCUCAGGCUGGGCUCCUUCAGCAGCAGGAGGAGCUGGAGAGGAAAGCAGCAGAGUUGGACAGGAAGGAGCGUGAGCUGCAGAACAGUGCAGCAGGAUUCAAUCCGAAACAGAACAACUGGCCUCCACUUCCCAAAAGCUGCCCGGUCAAGCCAUGUUUCUACCAAGACUUCUCUGCAGAUAUCCCAGCCGACUACCAGCGGACUUGCAAGAUGCUAUAUUACCUGUGGAUGUUCCACUCAGUUACACUGCUGCUGAACCUGCUGGCCUGCCUGGCGUGGUUCACAGACAGAAGCGAAAGAGGGGUAGACUUCGGCCUUUCCAUCCUGUGGUUUGUCAUAUUCACCCCCUGCGCUUUCCUCUGUUGGUAUCGGCCAGUCUACAAGGCUUUCAGGUCUGACAGUUCCUUCAGUUUCUUUGUCUUCUUCUUCGUAUUUUUUUGCCAGAUUGCCAUCUACAUCAUCCAGACCGUUGGCAUUCCUAACUGGGGCGUCAGCGGCUGGAUUGCAGCUCUCUCGGAGACUGGGCAUAACUUGGCAGUGGCAAUCAUCAUGAUGGUGGUGGCUAUGUUCUUCACCGUCUGUUCCAUUCUCUCUCUCAUCCUCUUGAAGCAGGUCCACUCUCAGUAUCGCCGGACGGGCGCCAGCUUCCAGAGGGCCCAGGAGGAGUUCUCGCAAGGCAUCCUCACCAACCGGACCGUCCAGAACGCUGCCGCCGGGGCCGCCUCAACUGCUGCCCAGAGCGCUUUCCGGGGGAACUGAAGUCCCCCAGACAGGGCCAGCGUCUUGUUCUCCUCCGCACCUGCUCUCACCACUCCCUGGUCUUCCACAGUUCAGGAGGCUCUCUCCAUGGCACCAAGAUACUUGCUGGAAGAGGCGUAUCUUGACCUUUGUCCUGCCUGCAUCUGUGUCUCUUUGGUGGGAAGGGCCAGGGCAGUGUAUGGUGUUCUCUUCCCCACCCCCAAUCUCGUAAAUCAAAUAUAUGUCCCCAUUUAGA